UUUCCCUCUCUCUCUUAAACCUACCUUAAAAAUCUUUCCCUCUUUCUAGGCUGAAAAUGGAGAUUGCGAAUCUUCCAAUUGGUUUCAGAUUCAACCCCACCGAUGCAGAGCUUCUGUACUAUUUAAAGAAAAAGGUUUUGUCUUUGCCAUUGCCAGCAAAUGUCAUUCCUGAAUUGGAAGCUUUCCAAUUCAAUCCAUGGGAUUUGCCUGAAAUUUCAAAACAAAGGUCUGAUUUUGGUGAAGGUGGGUUGAAUGAGAAGAGGUUUUUCUUCUGCAAAAGGAAGAAGAAUUUGAUGAGCAAAUGCAGCAGUUGUGGGUACUGGAAAUCAAGUGGCAAGGAAAAGCAGAUUGUGGCUGGAGAGAGCAAUCAUGUGAUUGGAAUGAUGAAAACAUUUGUUUUUUAUCAGGGUAGGAACAUGAAGACUCAAUGGAUUAUGCAAGAAUUCACUAUUGCUGGCCAUCUCAAGACACCAUUCUUGGAUCAGAGGCUGAUGAUGAAAGUGGGGAAUUGGGUUGUUUGCCGUUUGUACCAAAGGGUGAUGAGAGCAAGAAAUCAUGGGGCAGCAGAGUUAGGACACUCCAUUGCUCAAACGACGCCGUUUAUACCGAUGUCGCCGUGGUCGUCGAGUGAGAUCACUGACAUCUCUUCUAGUGAUUUAGAUGAGUAGUAGUAUAGGGCCUAAUGACAUGUAGUCUCAUUUUGUAAUGCAAUUUCAAUUUGGCAAAUGGCAAUUUCUUGUUUAUUUCUUUCA